CGCCAUGAAAAACCUUCCGGCGGCGGCUGCCAAGGCAACCAAGGAGGUUACCACAGGGCUGUGUCUGUGUGCCGCUGUUGGGAGCGGGCCGUGCCGUGCCUGCAGAUCCCGGCAUGUUCAUCUAUUUGUGCAAGAAGAUUGCAAUCCCUGGUAACGUCCGGUUAAGAUGUAUUUCCUGGAACAAGGAUGAAGGCUUCAUAGCCUGUGGUGGAGAGGAUGGAUUACUGAAGGUUUUAAAACUAGAAACACAGACAGAUGAAGCAAAAAUAAAGGGACUGGCAGCUCCUAGCAAUCUUUCUAUGAAUCAGAAUCUUGAAGGUCAUAGCGGUUCUGUGCAGGUGGUGACGUGGAAUGAACAGUACCACAAAUUAACAACCAGUGAUCAAAACGGGCUCAUCAUUGUGUGGAUCAUCUAUAAAGGUUCUUGGUUUGAAGAGAUGAUAAACAACAGAAACAAAUCUGUUGUUCGAAGCAUGAGCUGGAAUGCUGAUGGGCAGAAGAUUUGUAUUGUGUACGAAGAUGGAGCUGUGAUUGUUGGAUCUGUGGAUGGCAACCGCAUCUGGGGUAAAGACUUGAAAGGUACACACCUGUGCCACGUGGCCUGGUCCUCUGAUAGCAAAGUCUUGCUCUUUGGAAUGGCAAAUGGAGAAAUCCACAUUUAUGACAGCAAUGGAAACUUCAUUGUGAAAAUGAAGCUGAGUUGUUUGGUGAACUUAACGGGAACUUUCCGCAUUGCUGGAAUACAUUGGUACCAUGGUACAGAAGGCUACGUUGAACCAGAUUGUCCUUGUCUUGCUGUCUGUUAUGAAAAUGGAAGAUGCCAGAUAAUGAGAGAUGAGAAUGACCACAAUCCUGUUUUGAUUGACGCUGGUAUGAAUAUAGUGUGCAUUCAGUGGAACCAUUGCGGAAGCGUGUUGGCACUGGCAGGCUCCCUAAAAGGAACAUCUCCAGAUAAAGAUGUCAAUGUUGUGCAGUUCUACACUCCAUUUGGUGAGCACUUGCGCACGCUGAAAGUUCCUGGCAAGCAGAUAUCAGCCUUGUCUUGGGAGGGAGGUGGACUAAAAAUUGCACUGGCUGUUGAUUCUUACAUAUAUUUUGCAAACAUUCGGCCAGAUUACAAGGUAAUGGGUUACUGCUCCAAUACUUUGGUUUAUGCGUACACCCGACCUGACCGUCCAGAGUACUGUGUUCUUAGAGAAAAAUGUAUUAAUAACACUUUUAUUUCCCUACAGUAUGUGCUGGUUCUCUGCAAUUCCAUUGGCACUCCCUUGGACCCAAAAUACAUCGAUAUUGGGCCGCUGUUUGUCACAAUGACCAAAACACAUGUGAUAGCAGCUUCGAAAGAAGCAUUUUACAUCUGGCAAUACCGUGUCGCCAAAAGGCUCACAGCAAUGGAGAUCAAUCAGGUAGCACGGACCAGAAAAGAAGGCAGGGAAAGGAUUUAUCAUAUUGAUGACACCCCUUCGGGAUCUGGAGGUGGACACCUUGAUUACAGUAAAGCUGUUGAAGGAACAAGAGAUCCAAUUUGUGCAAUAACAGCAUCCGAUAAGAUCCUACUUGUGGGAAGAGAAUCCGGCACUAUUCACAGAUACAGUCUUCCUAAUGUUGGCAUAAUUCAGAAGUACACCCUGAAUUAUCGGGCACAUCAGCUGUCUUUGAACUGCAACUCCAGCCGUGUUGCUAUCAUAGACCUUUCAGGUGUUUUGACUUUCUUUGACUUGGAUGCACGGGUAACAAGCAGUACCGGACAGCAAGUGAUUGGCGAGCAGCUCAAACUGGAACGCAAAGAUGUCUGGGAUAUGAAAUGGGCCAAAGAUAAUCCAGAUUUGUUUGCAGUGAUGGAGAAAACAAGAAUGUAUGUUUUCAGAAACUUGGAUCCAGAGGAACCUAUACAAACUUCAGGAUAUAUUUGCAACUUUGAAGAUUUAGAAAUCAAAUCUGUUCUUCUGGAUGAAAUACUAAAGAAUCCUGAACGUCCUAACAAAGAUUACAUCAUCAAUUUUGAGAUUCGAUCAUUACGAGACAGUCGGGCACUGAUUGAAGAAGUUGGGAUUGAGGAAUCUUCCCAAUUCAUAGAAGAUAAUCCACAUCCCAGACUUUGGCGUCUCCUGGCUGAAGCUGCCCUUCAGAAGUUAGAUCUGCAGACUGCUGAACAAGCUUUUGUGCGCUGCAAGGAUUAUCAAGGUAUUAAAUUUGCAAAGCGUCUAGGCAACCUGCAGAGUGAGUCCAUGAAACAAGCAGAAGUGGCAGCCUAUUUCAGCAGAUUUGAAGAAGCUGAAAGAAUGUAUCUGGAUAUGGACAGAAGAGAUCUUGCCAUUGGAUUGCGGAUAAAACUGGGAGAUUGGUUUCGUGUACUGCAGCUACUGAAAACUGGCUCAGGUGACUCAGAUGAUGCCCUUCUCGAACAAGCACACAAUGCUAUUGGAGAUUAUUUUGCAGACCGUCAGAAAUGGUUAAAUGCUGUACAGUACUAUGUGCAAGGACGAAACCAGGAGCGUUUAGCUGAGUGUUACUACAUGCUAGAGGACUACGAAGGACUAGAGAAUCUGGUUAACUCACUUCCAGAGAAUAAUAAGUUACUCCCUGAUAUAGCUCAUAUGUUUGUAAGAGUGGGGAUGUGUGAACAAGCUGUUGCAGCCUUUCUGAAAUGUAAUCGACCAAAGGAUGCAGUAGAUACCUGUGUGCAUCUUAACCAGUGGAAUAAAGCUGUGGAGCUGGCUAAAAAUCACAAUAUGAAAGAGAUUGGAUCCUUGUUAGCAAGAUAUGCAACUCAUUUACUGGAAAAGAAUAAAAUCCUUGAUGCAAUAGAACUCUAUCGUAAAGCCAAUUAUUUCUUCGAAGCUGCUAAGCUCAUGUUCAAGAUUGCAGAUGAAGAGGCAAAGAAAAGAACAAAGCCUUUGCGAGUUAAAAAGCUUUAUGUAUUAUCAGCUUUACUUAUGGAACAAUGCCACGAGCAAAUGCAAAAUGCACAAAGAGGAAAAGUUAAAGGUUCAGAGACUGCUUCAGCUCUGGCGGGUUUGCUGGAAGAAGAUGUCCUCUCUUCAACCAGUCGCUUUGCAGACAAUGCUUGGCGAGGAGCAGAAGCUUACCAUUUUUUCAUACUUGCACAAAGACAGCUCUAUAAAGGUUCUGUAGAUGCAGCACUUAAAACAGCUCUUCAUUUGAGAGAUUAUGAAGACAUCAUCCCUGCAGUUGAAAUCUAUUCUCUUUUGGCUGUCUGUGCAUGUGCAAACAGAGCGUUUGAUACUUGUUCAAAAGCCUUUGUUAAACUAGAAUCCUUGGAAACUCUUAGCCAGGAGCAAAGGCAGCAGUAUGAAGAUCUUGCUUUAGAGAUAUUCACAAGACAUUGUCCGAAGAACACCAAAAAAACUGAUCUGGAUGAUGUUCUCGAGAGCGGAGAUGGGAAGCUUCCAGUCUGUGUUGCCACAGGAGACCCUAUCCUGGAGUAUCGGUUCUGGAUGUGCAGCGUGUGUAAGCACUGUAUGAAAGCCAAAGAAAGAAGCAAUUACAACUUCUGUCCCCUGUGCCACUGCUCAGCAUAGUGGAGGAUAAAGGACUGUGUGUCCUCCAUCUGUUGCAGUUCAGAAAUAGACCUUCUAAAAUGAUUAUUUUUGUACGUAUGACGUUUCAAAACUACACUGCCAGUUCUGCGCUGUCACAGACGGUGCCACUGUUACAGUAAUGCUUCAAGAUAACCUGUUUUCCUCUGUAUUAAAGGCUUAAAGUAACAACGUU